UCGGAUUGAGAAACGGCCUCUGACUCGCUGUCUCGUGACCCGGAAGUGAAAUAUUUAGCCUACAAGAAAGAUGGCGACACCCACAGAGCACGAGGAUUCAUGUGAAGAGGAAACUGCAGAAGAACCAAAAGCACCAAAGAUACGAGAGACACCAGAGGACAUCAAACUAGAGGCGAUUGUCAACACACUCGCAUUUCAUCCAGACAGAGAUAUACUGGCAGCUGGAGAUAUCGAUGGAGAUAUAUACCUAUAUUCAUAUUCAUGCACUGAAGGAGAGACCAAGGAGCUGUGGUCAUCAGGACAUCACCUCAAAUCCUGCAGGAAAGUUGAGUUCUCCGGUGAUGGACAAAAAUUGUUCAGUGUGUCUAAAGACAAGGCAGUGCACAUUAUGGAUGUGGAGGCUGGAAAACUGGUGACACGCAUCCCGAAAGCUCACAAGGACUCCAUCAGUGCCCUGCGAUUGGUCGAUGAGAAUAUAUUCGCAACCGGAGAUGAUGAGGGAACGCUAAAGGUUUGGGACUUGAGGAAAGGAACAUCAUUUAUGGAACUAAAGCACCAUGAAGAUUAUAUCAGUGAAAUCGCUGUUGACCAGGCCAAGAAGAUAUUGCUUACCUCCAGCGGUGAUGGUACUAUGGGUGUAUUCAAUAUAAAGAGACGCAGAUUUGAAUUGCUUUCUGAAUUUCAAAGUGGAGAUCUCACCUCUGUUUCUAUAAUGAAAAGAGGGCGCAAGGUUGUUUGUGGUUCCACUGAGGGCACGAUAUAUAUUUUUAACUGGAAUGGUUUUGGGGCCACCAGUGACCGUUUCGCGGUUCAGGCGGAGUCUGUGGAUUGUAUCGUCCCCAUUACAGACAGCAUACUAUGUGCUGCCUCUAUGGAUGGAGUUAUCAGAGCUAUAAGUAUCAUGCCCAAUCGUGUGGUGGGCAGUAUCGGACAGCACCUCGGAGAGCCCAUCGAGGAGAUCGCACGCUCUAGAGACACACGAUUCCUGGCUAGCUGCGCCCAUGACCAGCUGAUCAAAUUCUGGGACAUAUCCAGCAUUCCUGAUAUGAAAGUAAACGAUUAUCGGCGUCGAAAGAAGAAAGACGGCCGGCUCAAAGCAUUGAGUAAUAAAGCCUUCGAUACAGGACAGAAUUUUUUCGCUGGACUUUUGGACACAAAUGAGGAAAAUGAUAAAAAGGGAGAAGCUGAGGAAGAGGAGGAGGAUGAGGACGAUGACAGUGACAGUGACAGUGGAAGUGACUGAAAACAUGUACUGUGAAUAUUGAUGUUAUAUCCUAUUUACCAGUGUUGGUAUUGGUCACAUUUAUUUAAAUGGAUGGCCCAUUAAAAAAAGUUUAUGGAUAUGGCUUGCAGAUCUUAUAGAUCCAAGUUUCACUAGAUCCCUCUUCAUCAGGAAAUUUCUAAAUCUGUGCUCAAAUGUCUCUCACAAGAGAGUUAAUACUUAAAAUCAACCAGAUACUAGAGUUGCUUAAUAAAACAAAACAUUAUUGAUAUUAUAAUACCAUGCAAGAUAAA